UCUCACUUCCUCCUCCUCCUCUCUCUUCCUUGUAAACUCUCUCUCGCAAGCCCAAACAAAAUUUAGGAGACAGUACCGACUGCAACUUCAGAAAAAUCAAACACUUUUGUCACCAUUAUAUUCUUUUAUGCAAGUUGGUAUGUAAUUAAGCAUACGAUUUUCAGUUUUUCUUCUUUCGGUAAAAACUGAUAAACGUAAAGAAUGGAGGGAAUGUCUUCACAUCUGAAGGAACUAUGGGAGGGAUGGGAACUGCGAGCCCUGGUCCUCCUCAGCCUCACCAUUCAAGUUCUGCUCAUAAUCCUCGGGCGUCACCGGAAGUACCGGCCCGACUUGUGGCUGAAGGCGCUGGUCUGGUCGUGCUACUUGGCGGCUGACGCGGUCGCGAUAUACGCGCUCGGCAAGAUCGCGACCCGGCUCAAGCAAAUGCGGAGCGAGCUCGGUGCCACCGCCAAGGGGCUGGACCCAGAUGCGCAGAUGACUGCGUUCUGGGCGCCGUUCCUGCUGCUGCACCUGGGCGGUCCCGACACCAUCACGGCCUACGCCCUAGAGGACAACGAGCUCUGGAUGAGGCAUUUGCUCGGGCUCCUCGUCCAAACGACCGGCACGCUGUUCAUCUUCUUCCAGGCAUUGACAGGCUCUGAUGAUCUCACAGUGCUUUCGCUUCUCAUGUUCGUCUCCGGCCUCAUAAAGUACGGCGAGAGGGUUUACGUCCUCCGUGCUGCGAGUAGCGAGCAGUUCAGGGACUCGAUCCCUGACCCUCCUCUCCAUUACUCAAAGAUCCUGGAGGAGUAUACGUUGAAGGAGGCCGAGGGCUAUGACGUCACGCCGCAUGAGGUGAUUGAGGUACGUGGAGUGAACGCGGAACACAAUUCGAAGGCGGGCGUGGAUCUUUCGUCUCCUGAUGUAAAUCUCUUGUCCGAUGAAUUGAAGAAGAGGAAGGAAAAACAGGGAAAGAGUAAGUGCAGCCAGUCUUUGUUAGCCGCAGCCAGAGGGACGUCCGACUUUUUCCGGCGCCUUUUCGGGGACAAAGAUCUUUUACCUGAAAAGAUGAAGGAGCGCAACCGAGCCGAGUUGGCAGUCGCCGAAGACCUGAUCAACAUUUUCCAGCGCCUAUUCGCAGAUCUCGUGCUUAGCUUCGAGGACCGCGACACUAGCAUGUUACUACUCGAGGAUAAACAUUUUCAGGUGGUAUUCAGAGUUAUCGAGAUUGAACUGGGACUCAUGUACAAUAAGCUCUACACUAAGGCGAUGGUGAUCCACAAUAAAUGGGGCUUUACUCUUCGCUCUGUGAGUGUACUAGUCACCGUCAUGGUCUUGGUGCUUUUUUCCAGGUCAGACAAGGACAAAUACUCCAAGCUCAAUAUCUAUGUGACCUUUUUGUUGCUCGGGGUGGCCAUUCUCCUGGAGAUUUAUGCGUUAUUCGUUCUUCUCUUCUCUGACGAAGCCGCUUGUUGGCUGAAGGACAACAAGCCCUCCGUCCUGAAUUUUGUCGAGCGGUUACAACCACUGUAUAACAGGCGCAGGUGGUCGGGUUCUAUGGCGCAGUACAACCUGCUAAGCUUCGCCCUCAAAGAGAAACACCUCACGUGCCAUCCAAUCUUAGAGCGGCUACACGUCGACCAGAAGGUUCUGAAGUUCUUGUACAGGGGUAAUUUGGAAAUAACGGACUAUCUAAAAGGACGGCUCCUCAAGCAUUUCAAGUCCCAGGCAAAAAGCGAGAAGGAAGUCCAGUCCGUAAGGACCUACCCGGGAUAUCUCAUCCUGAAAAAGCAUGAGUUCUUGGACGAUUUUAAAUGGAGCAUCGAGUUAGAGUUCGACCAGAGCAUCUACGUCUGGCACAUUGCAACCGAGCUCUUAUGCCACCCGAAAGAUAAGGAAGCUCCUGCAGGCGAUCCCGAAAUGAGCAAGCAAUUGUCUCGGUAUAUGAUGUAUCUUUUGGUCAUGUACCCUUUUCUCUUGCCUGUUGGAGUCGGACGCAUCAGAUUCCGAGGAAUGUACGCGACUGCGAUGAGGUUGCUCAAGGAGCCUGACUCAAAAAAGAAAACCCGUAUGGCUGUAGAGACCGAAUCCAACAUACUUGAAGCUUGCAAUGAGCUGCGCACAAACGUUAACACAGAACUAGCUGCGAUCAUGGCGAAAGGAGAUAAGAGCAAAUUCGCCCUGUACCAGGGAUGCCGGCUCGCGUCGCAGCUGAACAAAGACGAAUACCGAGAGAAGAAAUGGGACAUUAUAAGUAAUGUGUGGGUGGAGAUGCUUGUUUACGCGGCUGUCAAGUGCAAGGGGGUUCAACAUGCCCGGCAACUACGACGAGGAGGGGAGUUCCUGACUCACGUCUGGUUCCUCAUGGCUCAUUUCGGCUUGACCGAUCACUUCCAAAUACCGUAUGUCCCAGCAAUCGCCGAGCUGCUGGUGAAGCAGGAUUGACUCAUCAUACCCCGACUCUCAGUGAACCAUAUGUAACAUGUGUUAGCUCCUCAUGGCUCAUUUCGGUCGACCGAUCACUUCUAUAUGUAACUUGCGUUGGCAGUAUAAGCAAAUCUUU